AUGUCUCUGCCCGUUCUUUCACGGCCCGCUGCCGACCCACCAACCUCACCUCUUCCUGCUAUUCCUCAGUCGCGGUUCGCUAAAAAGAGUCUGCCACAAACCCCGUCGAGGCUGAAAACAGCGUCGCGUCCAUCUGCAAUACCCAACAGCCGUGCAGUGUGCUCGACUCCUGAAGUGCCCACCACGAAGCAGAAGACGGGCUUGCCAACACCUCAGACUGUCCGCAAGACAGUCAGUAUUGGCCAAUUCCCCCAGCCUCCAAAUGCUGCCUCCCGUCCCUCCACUGCGCAGUCGUUGGCGUCGCCUACUUCGCCUCGAAAACGUGCCUCGGAUGCAAGUCGAACGAGCACUUCUACCACUUCCAAUCUGAGGAAAUCCUCUAGAUUCAGCGACGCCUCGAGUUUGUAUCAUUUGUCCGAGGUCCCUUCUCUCCUCAACGGUGGUGUCUCGCCAACCGUCCCCCUAGCCACCAGCAAACGAGCCUCAGAUGGACAUAGUAGUGUGCCUUCUCCACCUCAGAGUCGAAGUUCAUCUGCAAAUGGCUCUUAUUCGACCAGCGCCACGACGCUUGAAGAAGGCGAUGAUGAUCGGGGUCGAACAAGAGAUAUCUUAGAAGCUUUGCCCAGUCCGAGACUUACUAAAGGGAAGGAGCAUAAAGGCAACGUGAUCGUGAGUGUCCGUGUCAGGCCAGAUACUAGCACUCCCGACGCUGCUGCCGCUGAAGAGGGAGAGUGGAUGGUCGAUGGAAGGCGUUCACUGAUUGCAUACCGUGGCAAGGAAGGUGGUGAUUAUCUCUAUGACAAUGUCUUUGGAACCUACGACGACAACGCCAAGGUCUACGAUGCGGCUGCCAAACGACUCGUGCGUAGGGUCAUGGAGGGUUAUCACGGGACUGUCUUCGCAUACGGCAUGACUGGCACUGGAAAGACGUUUUCUAUGCAAGGCACUAUGUCCAGUCCGGGCGUAAUUCCCCUAGCCAUUACUGACAUCUUCUCCUAUAUUCGCGAAACACCACAUCGCGAGUUCUUGCUCAGAGUUAGCUAUCUCGAAAUUUACAACGAAAGAAUUCACGAUCUGUUAGCUGGCCCUGUGUCUGGGACUGCCGCGCCACAAGAAGAGAUCAAACUUCGCGAAGACAGUCGCCGAGGUGUUUAUGCUUCACCACUUAAAGAAGAGAUUGUUCAGAGUCCUACACAACUACUCCGUGUCAUUCAUCGAGGCGAUCUAGCACGUCGCACUGGUAGUACUCAGUGGAACGCAAGAAGUUCGCGAAGUCAUGCCGUCGUUCAGAUUGUUGUCGAGAGCAGGGAGCGUGUGGCAAGUGGAAUGUCUCAAGAGAGCAAACGAGUGGCCAUGCUCCCUAGCGGCGUUCGAGUCUCAACUUUGAGUUUGAUCGAUCUGGCUGGCUCGGAACGUGCAGCCGACGACAAGGAGCGUCAAAAGGAGGGUGCUCAUAUCAACAAAUCCUUGCUUACGCUGGGAACGGUUAUCUCGAAGUUAUCAGCAACCAAAGAUAAAAACGGCAACUUGAUUGACAAGGAUGGUCGGCACCUCCCCUAUAGAGACAGCAAGCUGACUCGGUUGUUGCAACCUGCACUCUCAGGCACCUCUCUUGUAUCCAUCCUUUGCACGAUUCAGAUUGGAAACGGAGGUCCUUCCGCCACUACUACCACCCAUACCAUGGAAACACUCAAUACCCUGAAAUUCGCUGCUAGAGCGAAGAAUAACAUUGUCAGCCAUGCCAAGAAAGCUGUGGAAGAGGUAGGGUCAGGGGUAAAUGCUGGUCUCUUGGAGCGCUAUCGGGCUGAAAUAGCCAACCUACGUACUCAGCUCGAGGUUCAAAAGAAGUCGACGGACAGUAAAGAGGACAAGUUCGAAGAAGUGCAGAUUGAGCGUGAUGCAGCCACUCGUCAUGAAGAGCAAAUGCUCGAAAUGCAACUCGCCCGUACAGCCCUUAAAGAGCGCAUUGAGCAUUUGAACCGGUUGAUCUUGUGCUCGAAAUCGACAGGCGUAAACUCUGGCAUGACAUCAGCACUUGGUAUGCAUGGGCGGUUGUCAACUGGAACCGUAGGCGAUAUAGGACCGUCGAGAUCAGUCAGGUCAUCUGCCAGUCACUCUACGCUGGGCACGUUUGGGCCUUCAGUCAGCCGCCAUCCAUCGAUGACUUCUAUUGGUGGUGGCAUGCCGAACCUUCCAUUGCUCGCUGAUGAAGACGAUGAUGUGGCAGAUUUCGGAGACGGUAUGGCCUCGUUGCAGGCUCAAAAUCGAGCCCUUCAGGCAGAUCUUCAGGAUAAGAAUCGAUAUGUUGCCACCCUGGAGAAACGACUUUUGCAGGCACGACGAUCUAGUCAUUCACGGACGUCACUCGGAUUCAGCCGCACAGGACAGGAAGACCUGGAUGUGCAAAAGCAGCUGGACGAAAAGGACGCCGUCAUUGCUGACCUCCAGAAGACAGUAACUGCCCUCCGAUCUGCCGUGCGACAACGAUCUGUGGCCGACAAAAGUCCAGAGAGCACAGCUGCCGAAGUUAGGGCUAAGAAGGGUACACAAUUUCAGACUGACGGAGACUCGGGUGGGCCGGUUUCCUCGUCUAAUGCGCAGGAACAGACAAAAUUGACCUCGACCGGAGUCAGUCCACUAAGCCUACUCUCUCCACAGAAGGCAGGUGACAAGAAACGUGAAUCAGUGGACGAGAUGUCAAAGAUGCUCGAUGAAAUGAUCCAGGACAAGGUCGAAAGUGGUCACCUUGUCAAAGGUAGAUCGGGGUCUGUAAGAGUACCAGCAAAAUCUAUGCCUGCCCAGCGUGGGCAAAGACACGUUAGGCGAUCCUCCAGUGUGUACACGGCAAACGUCCCACCACUCAAUGCUGCCGCGUCAUCAUUCGCAGGUCCAAACUCAACCAGAGAGUCAGCCUCAAGCACAUGA